CCCUGGCUCCUUCUACUACGCGUGCAUAUAUUCAAAUCUUGCCUUGACACUGUUGCUUGCUCUUGCCGCCUCUGAAAGCAGAAGGCUUCAAAUAUUCCCAGCUUUCGGAAUGCCUCGUCUGCACCAGAAGCUCAAUACUCAGCGUCAAACCGACUAAACCUCCAUCCACAUCCGUCAAAAUGUCCUCCGACUUGACCUUCACUCAAGGCCUCAUCAUCGGCCAACUCUCGGUCGCGCUGUUCAUUGCGGCCUUCAUCAAGUUCUUCAUCUUCGGCGAAGCACCUCCUCCUCCUUCUCGUCCUUCGAGUCGAGCUCCGAAGCACGUUCGCACCCCCUCCCUUCACAGCGUUGCCUCUUCAAAGACUGCUGUUUCACAGUCUUUACGCAAUAAGGCCAGUGCAAGCAACGUCCUCCGUCCUGUAGCCAACACUGCUACGGACAUUGCUUCCAUUCUGCGUAAAACUUACUACCAGAUCCCCAGCCGCGGCCAUGUCAAGAAUAGCAGUCACUCGACGCAUCAACCGGAGAGCCUGGAUUGGUUCAAUGUCUUGCUUGCUCAAACAAUAGCACAAUACCGCCAGACAGCCUACAAUCUCAGAGAAGGCUCUGGCAAUACACCCACGAUCCUAGCGAGCUUGGAAGAAGCCAUAAAUGAUCCUACCAAGAGACCCUCGUACAUGGACAAGAUCAAAAUUACGGAAAUAUCAAUGGGCGAGGAGUUUCCUAUCUUCAGCAACGUGCGGGUAACCACGGUUGAUGAUGACGCAUCAAGUGCUACUGGCGGAAGGCUACAGGCUCUGAUGGACGUUGAUCUUGCGGACGACAAUCUGACGUUGGCCAUAGAGACGGCGCUUAUCCUCAACUAUCCCAAACCAUUCUCGGCUGUUCUGCCUGUAGCCCUGGCUGUUUCUGUCGUCCGGUUCUCCGGCACGUUAUCAAUAAGCUUCGUCCCCUCAAUCCAAGACGAUUCGGAGGAUGAGACGGCGAAGAUGAACACACCAGCCCCUGUGUCGGGCAAGCCGAAGACCAAUCUCGCAUUCUCCUUCCUCCCCGAUUAUCGACUUGACCUCUCCGUCAGAAGCCUCAUUGGCUCUCGAACUCGUUUGCAGGAUGUGCCGAAGAUUGCACAACUAAUCGAAGCACGAGCCCAGGCAUGGUUCGAAGAGAGGGUCGUGGAACCACGAGUGCAAGUUGUUCCUCUUCCUGGUCUUUGGCCACGGAUGGGCAAAGUUCGGGUUAGGGAAGGCCAAGAUGAUGAAAGACCGCCGACUCAAGACGAACAUCGAUCUUCCUCCUUUGUCGAACACAGAGAGCGUAGAUCAGAGGACAGCUUGCCAUCUCAAGAAGAGACGGAAAGGAUAUUUGAAGGCCUCAGGUUCCGUACAGGCCAUGACCGAUUGAACAGCCAAGUCUUUGAGAGCGACGGGGACUUGCCCACUCCGCAAGGAACUAGGAUGAUGCCUGGAGCUCUACCAGCUUGAGCAAUAUACCACAUCCAGCAAUUCUGCGUCUUGUGAGUCACCAUUUUGACAACCACUCGAUGGCUUUCCCACCUGAGGGGGACUUCUACCGUCAGUUAUCGCAGAUCAAUCCGCAAGUAUGUGGAUUGCCGGAAAUCCGGCUUGAACCUCACUCCACAACGUCAGAACAGGUCC